AUGUUAAACUAUCGGGAAUGGUGCACCUUUGAAUUGUGCACCUUGAAGAGCGGCAUCAAUCUGGGCCAGCAAAAUUCCAAACCGCGUAGUAGCAUUAUCCAUCGCGAAACAUUCGCUUCGUACCGCAUGGCAUCGGUACCAGAAACGGUGCAGGUUGCGGUGCGCAUUCGACCACUUUCGGAACAAGAGCAGGCGCGAGGAUGCCAGAGUGUCGUCACCCAACCAUCUCCCGAUGGUCCGCGACUGGUGGCCAGGGACUCGGAAGAGUUCACCUUCAGUGAAGUGUUCGGACCAGCGGCCUCCCAAACGGAAGUUUACGAGCGGUCCGUGCGCCGCCUGGUGCUGAAGCUGUUUGAGGGCUACAACGUGUGCAUCCUAGCCUACGGACAGACAGGUUCCGGCAAAACGUACACCAUCGGCACAUCGUUCGAUGGUCACCUAACUGCCGAUAGUGGCAUUUUGCCGCGUGCGCUGCUGGACAUUUUCAAGGUGGUCAACGGGGCGGCCACGCUGGAGCCGUCCGACGAGAGUGAUACGAGCUAUCGCGUAAUUUGCUCGUUCAUGGAGAUCUACCAGGAAAAUGUAUACGAUCUAUUUUCCCACCGGAACCGCUACGAACGGCUCGUCGGUAUACGGGAAAGUUCCUGCGGUAUCAUCGUUCCUGGGUUGACUGAGGUGCCCGUAUCAAGUGCAGAGGAAACGUUUCGGUGGUUGGUACGGGGGUCCAGCUGUCGUGCUAUGGCACCAACCAGUAUGAACAAGGAAUCGAACCGCAGCCACACCAUCUUCACCGUCAUGGUACGCAAACGGCACCGCACGGACGCUGACGAGAAGGUAACCAUCGCCAAGCUGCACUUUGUCGAUUUGGCCGGUUCGGAGCGGACCAAAAAAUCACACGCUUCCGGUGAUCGGCUCCGUGAAACGAUUCAAAUCAACAAAGCUCUGUUGGCUCUCGGUAACGUAAUCUCGACGCUUGCCUCCAUUGGUGCGGCAUCGAAAUCCGCGAAGACGACAUUUGUCUCGUAUCGGGAUUCCAAGCUGACCCGUUUACUCCAGAACUCGCUCGGCGGUAACUCUAUCACGCUGAUGCUGGCCUGCGUUUCACCAGCUAAUUACAACAUCGAAGAGACACUGAGUACGCUUCGAUACGCGGACCGGGCGCUAAGUAUUCGCAACAAACCGACCAAGAUCACGUCGGCCAGUUCGUCGUCCGGUACUGAGCUGGAACGAUUGUCGAUGACGAUCUCGCAGCUACGAAGUGAAAACGAGAAACUAAGACGCCGCAUCUCGAGCGAACUGAAAGCAUCCCAGGACUUUGGCAAUGGUGGUACCUUGCAGAGUCGUAACACGAAGCAACUGAUCGCACAGAAUCGCACCCUACACGGGCAGUUACAGUCCUCCAUCGAGACAUCGACUCGAAACGAGCUGCGAGCGUCCAUCGCGGAAAACGCGCUGGGUCGGAUGGAGCCACUGCUCCUGACCGAUCCAGAACCGCAGCGCUUUGGCGAAGAACCGCAAUCCGUGGACGAGCUGCGUACGCGUUGCUCCGAAGUAUUGCUGCGCUAUCGAAACGAGGUAGAGGCACUACAUAAGCGACCCACGAUGAGUGGGAAAGUGGCGCCUCUCAAGUAUUUAAACUCCGUUUAA